AUGAUCCAAUUCAAGUUUUGUUUUGUGGUAAUAUUUUUAGUAUUAUUUGUAUCUAAAUCAUCAUCAUCUUCAAACGUCCUCAGCAACACUGAACUUGCAUCGUGUCGGUGGUUGAUUAAUCAAUAUGGAUUAAAUAUUCAACAAGAUUCGUCAUCCAUUUGUGCCUCUUCAUUCUUUACUUGCUCAUCUUAUCAUAUAACUGAAAUUAAAAUCAGUGCUACCACUAUCACUAGUGAUAAUGUGAUCAUUGCGCCCGAUCCUUUAUUAGUCUUUGACUUUCCACAGUUGAUUUUGUUUAGUGUCAAUGCAUCAUUGAUACAAGUGUAUGAUGCCACUCUGAACCUAUUAGAUCGUAUUGAAAACCUUUCUCUUUUAGAAAUCAUAAUAAUUGAUAGUGAUGAUAGUAUUACAAAAAUACCAUCAAACUUUCCAAAUGGAUUGUUAAAACUAAAAAGCUUAGAGAUUUAUGGAGACGGGGUACUCAAUAAUGAUGGUCCAUCAUCAUCAUUGUUUGCUCUUGGUUCAACCAGUUUAGAAACUGUCAUUAUCACACCUAGUCUAAUUCAAGUAACGGUUGACUCUUCUAUUGCUCCACUUGUCGCAUUGAACCAUCUCUCAUUGCAUUUUGGUAAUCAACAAAUAGGACAAUGGAAAACAAUUCAUUUUGCCUCUUUGUCAUUCCCCAAUCUUGAAUAUUUAUAUUUACAGGCUCAUAAUCAAUCUUUAAUUGAAUUACAUUGUGACAACAUUAACCUUUUACAUUUAUAUUUAACGGAAACUGGCUCAUCAAGAUUUAAUGUAUCUCUUGGUCAAAGUACUUUUAAUAUGACUAAAUUGUCAAUUGAUGGGGCUGAGAAUAAUGAUUCAUCUCAACUUUUCUAUCCACUAUUAUCAUCAUUUACAAAUUUACAAUUGUUGUCAUUGGAGAAUGUAAUUGUUUCCAAUCUCUCACAAUACCCUACCCAAUCCAUGAACACCUUGCAACACUUGACCUUAAAGUCACAAAAUUUAUCAUCGUUUCCAACCACCAUUGGUGAAUCUCUACUAUCAAUGGAUUUAUCAAAUAAUCAAAUUCAAGGAACAGUACCUUGGCAAUUAUUUAACAAAUCACAAUUUAAAUUGAAUAUUACCAAUAAUACUCUUAUUACUGGAGAUGUACCAGAUUCAUAUUGUUCAAACUAUAUUUAUAUGAAAAGAACAUCUAUUAGUCGCCUUCCAACUUGUUUAUGGUGUUAUUCAAGAAACCCAAUGGUUUUAGAAACUGAUUUAACCAUUCCAAUUCCUUUUGCUUGCCCAAUUAGUAUAAAUGAUGUAGUAUUAUCAAUAUUUGGUAAAGGGAUAAUAUUUGGUGAUAAUAUUGGGUUUGGAGAUGUUUUGGCAAUCGAUCCUAGAUUCAAUGUAACUGCCAGCAUUGGAAACUAUCAACUUGGUUUAAUAGACUCAACACCAAGUUAUGGUCCACUAACAACAAUGGUGAUUCGCCUCGAUAAAUAUUAUCCAGAGUAUAUUUAUACACUUGAUAUUAUUGAAAUUGGUGUUGCAGUUGAAUCAGUAUCAACAGUACAACUACGAAUGGGUAUUGUACAAUUGAAUAUCAAACUUUUAAAUCCAAACCCAACAUUGACUCACUCGGUUAAACUCAAUCAAACGAUUCAAUGUCUACCGGUUGGACCUAUUAACAACAAUGAAUUGAAAUGCAAUGUUUCAUCAUCAUUAUUAAAAUCUGGUUCGAUUUACAGUUUAAUAGUAUCAAACCAAUAUUUAAGUUCAAAUCAAACAUUAUUUAAUUUUACUCAAUUAUAUCCUUUGGUUGAUCAAAUCGAGUCUAUUGAUUUAUCAAGUAAAGUUGGAUCAAAAUAUAGAAUUGAAGGAUCAUUUGGUGAAUAUUUGGAAUCACCAAGCAUUUUAUUUAAUGACUCGUCGGUAUCAAUUUGUUCAAUAGAAUCGAUAUCGUCAACAGUCAUUGAAUGUGUUUUGACUGUAGAUUGCCUGGGUGGUCUUACAAGUGUAUUUGUAAAUGUUGAUGGAUUCUCAUCAUUACCAUACCAAAUCACAAUGGCUAGUCUAAAAGAUGAAUGUACCAAUACAACUAAUAAUUGUUCGAAUCAUGGUCAAUGUAGUUCAACUGGUACUUGUCAAUGUAAUACUGGUUAUUAUUCAAAUGAUUGUUCUAAAGUCUAUCCAAUUGUAUCAUCUGGUUCAUAUGAUACAAAUGAUAAAAGAAAAAUUAGAUUAUAUGGAGAUUUGGGACCAAACCAAAACAAUGUAUCUAUUUUCUUGAACAAUACUAUUGAAUGUUUGGUUGUAGACGUAUCACAAUCAAACAUUAAUUGUUCAAUUGCUCAAUUCCCAUCUGAUGGGUUGGUAUCUGUACAGGUCAGUGUUGAUAGUGGAAUACCAACCAUGGUCAAUAAUCUACUUUUAUUCAUAUCAAUUUGUCCAAAUGGUUGUUCACAAAAUGGUAUAUGCCAACCAGAUGAUACUUGUAAUUGUAAUACUGGUUACUAUUCAAAUAAUUGUUCAAUUCUUUAUCCAACAUUAAUCAAUGGUGAAUAUGACCUGAUUGAAAGAAAAAAUAUUUCUUUGUAUGGUGAUUUUAGUCCAUUUCAAAAUAAUAUAGUUAUAACGUUGAAUGGUACAAUUGGACCAUGUGUAGUUGUUUCUAAAUCACAGGAAAUGAUUAAAUGUACUUUGGAUCAAGAACCAAAAGAUGGAUUGGCAUCUGUACAAGUUAAUAUUGAUGGAGCUAUCAAUUUACAAGACCUUUUAAUCGAUUUUCGUACCUUGGUCUGUAAAAACGAUUGCUAUGGACAUGGUACCUGUGUCAAUGGAAUAUGUAAUUGUUUACCAGGGUAUCAAUCGUUUGAUAGUUGUUUGACCAAAGUUUCAAAUGGUACUCGUAUUCUUCAAACAAAUACUACUGCUCCCUCGAUAGGAGACGGUACCGUCAAAUUUAAUAUAGAAAUGGUAGCCAUUCUAGAAAUUGGUAUCGACUCGAGUUACUCGAUCGUCAAAGAAUUGUUGACUAAGGAUUGGAGCUAUUCAGUUUCCAAACUAAAUCAAACGACUAUUGUCGAUUAUCAACUCGAAUCAAAUAGUAUUGUAAAUGUACAAUCAUCAAUCUCCUACUCGACAGAACCAAGAGAUUUGGCUUUUGGUCCUAAAACUUAUCGUAUCCUUCCCAAUGCAACCCAACUAUCAAUCACGAUUAAUAAUUGGCAGUAUAGCUCCACAAUGUCUACACUUCGUGUUAUUUUCAAAACAAUAGUAAAUAAUACCCAAGCCAUUCAAUAUAAUUGCAAACCAUUGGUUAUAGAACCCUUUGACCAAUCGUUGGAUGGUACCCAAUAUCUCCGUAUCGUCAGGGACAACGUCCAACUAACAGGUCGUUUUAUGGAAUAUGUAUUGGUAGAUGGUAGGCUAUCGUAUUCUACAACUCAAGAGGUUAACAAAACCAAAAUCCAAGGAACCUUGGAACAAUCAACCCUCUUUAUUGGUGUCAAUGUACCACAGUGUCAACAAUGUACAAUUGGAUCAGACUUUACACCAUUAAUUAUAGAUAAGGAAAAUGAUUAUACAAAUUGUGGUCCAUCUAUUCCUAUUCCUAAUCCCAACUCUUCUUCAAAUGAUGAUGAUAAUGGGAAUGGAAAUGGAAAUGGAAAUGGAAAUGAAAACAAAUCAUCAUCUAAUACAUGGAAAAUAGCUCUCGGUGUGUCUGUUGGUGUUGCGUCACUCGUUGGUCUAGCAAUAGCAGGUACGAUAUUUGGUAAACGUCAUUUUAAAAGAUCUAGAGCCGUAAAACAAUUAGAAUCAAGAUUAUCAGCAUUACGUUCAGAAAUAAAAUAA